AGUGUAAAACCCUGAAAAGAGAAGUGAAGUCAGUGAGAGGUUUCACUAACUUGCAUUUGCAUUUGCUAGAAUAAUGUCCCUCGUACUUCGUCACUGUCACAGCAGAAGUAGAACCUUCAUCCUCACUCGCCACCUCUCCUCUAAACCCUCUUCCACCAAAGUCCCUCUGUUAUACAAACCAGAACAAGACGACCAAACCGACACCGUAACCCUUCAGCUCCUCUCGUGGGGCAAAGGCGCCUCCGGCCAACUCGGCGGCGGCAUCGAAGAAAUACGCCUGUACCCAACUCCAGUCGCCAAUCUCAUCGUCUCUCAAUCCUCAUUCGCUCUCUCUCCAACACCGGGCCGCCGUGUCUCCUCCACAAAUCCAUUAGGGGAAGUGGGUCUUUCUUGUGGGCUGUUCCACUCGUCAUUGCUCGUUAAUGGCAAGCUCUGGAUUUGGGGAAAAGGGGACGGUGGCCGCCUCGGGUUUGGCCACGAGAAUCCGCUUUUUGUGCCCACUUUGAACCCCCAUUUGGAUUCUGUUCGGUCUGUUGCUCUUGGUGGGGUUCAUUCUGUUGCUCUCACCUCCCUUGGAGAGGUCUUCACUUGGGGUUAUGGCGGCUUUGGUGCACUUGGACAUUCUGUUUAUCAUAGGGAACUGUUUCCUAGAUUGGUGGAAGGCUCUUGGAGUGGGAAAAUACAUCAUAUUGCAACCAGUGGGACACAUACUGCUGCUAUCACGGAAUCAGGGGAACUCUAUACUUGGGGUAGAGAUGAAGGGGAUGGUAGAUUGGGCCUUGGUCCUAACCGGGGCCCAAAUGAAGGAGGUGGACUCAGUAUUCCUUCCAAAGUAAAAGAGUUACCUAUACCUGUGACUGCCGUUUUCUGUGGGGGUUUUUUCACAAUGGCGCUGACCGAGCAGGGGCAACUCUGGAAUUGGGGAGCAAACUCCAACUAUGAGCUUGGAAGAGGUGAUAAGGUUGGUGGUUGGAAACCCAAACCAAUUCCUAGCCUUGAAGAUGUUUGUGUCAUUCAGGUAGCCAGUGGUGGAUAUCACUCCCUUGCAUUAACUGAUGAUGGUAAAGUACUUUCUUGGGGCUAUGGUAGACAUGGUCAGUUGGGUCAUUCUUCUAUCCUAAAUCAAAAAAUACCUGUAGUGAUAGAGGCUUUAUCUGAUGAGCAUGUUGUCUAUAUUGCUUGUGGAGGUUCAUCUUCAGCAGCUGUAACUGAUAAAGGGAAGUUGUACAUGUGGGGGAAUGCCAAAGAUUCUCAGUUAGGAGUUCCUGGGCUUCCAGAGGUACAACCAUCUCCUGUCGAAGUUAAGUUUUUAACAGAGGAUGAUGGCUUGGGACCCCCCAAUGUGCUAUCUGUUGCUGUAGGUGCAUCACAUGCCAUGUGUUUGGUUAUGAGGUCAGCUUCGUAACAACAAUAGUCUCUUGGCUGGGAGGUUCUCUCAAAAUAUGAAGUUUCAAUAAAUAUGGAAAGAACCUUUUGCAACAGAGCGCAAGCAAGGGUGGAAAUGUAUUUGUAGAUUUCUAAUGUUGAGAUAAUUCAGAAUGCUUUACAAAUGAGAGAAAUACCGUGACGAGUUGAGGUGGAUAUUGGUUUCGUAAUGCAAGAGGUUGCAUCUCCUACUAAUUGUAUGUUGAGCUGCAUCACAGGAUAUGGAAACUCAUCUGUCUCAGAAUUAUGCUGCACUGCAACUGACACACAAAGAGAUGCAAACAUUAGAAAUCUAAUGUUAUUGCCAAAUAUUUUCUGUGGCA